GACACCGUCUCUUUCGCUUCUUUCUCUUCUUCCUCUUGAACGCUAAACUCACUCCGCCCGGGCUUCUCAAUAAAGCAUUAAAUUUCAGUGACUCAGAGGAUCUCAGAGCUCGAAAAGCGAAAAUGAGCAAGAGGCCACCGCCUGAUCCCGUGGCGGUGCUCAGAGGCCAUCGCGCUUCUGUCAUGGACGCUUCUUUUCAUCCUUCUAAACCUUUACUCUUCACCGGUUCUGCGGAUGGUGAGUUGCGAAUAUGGGACACGGUCCAGCAUCGGACGAUAUCAUCUGCAUGGGUGCACAGUGCGGCGCACGGGAUUAUUUGUGUUGCUAGUAGUCCUUUGAUAGGAAGCAACAGAGUUAUAAGCCAGGGUAGGGAUGGAACUGUGAAGUGUUGGGAUAUUGAAGAUGGAGGACUGUCCCGAAAUCCUUCACUUACAAUCAAGACAAACACUUAUCACUUUUGCAAGCUUUCCGUGGUGAAGAUGCCUUCUGCUUGUGCACCACAAGCUGAAGGUCCUAAUUAUCAUCAUGAGAUGGAGGUUAGGGAAACUGUUGACUCAGAAAGUAUGGAUGAUAGCAGGGAAAAGGCUCAAGGAAGUCUAACAGAGUGUUCCAAUGCUGUUAGAGAAGUUACCCAUGCUGAAGGACCAAAGUAUGUGGCUAUAGCAGGAGAGCAAUCACAUGAGGUUGAAAUUUGGGAUCUGAAUACUGCGGAAAGGUUUGCACGGCUACCUCAAAAGUCAGUUGGUGGCUCCCCAAAUGUUUCAACUAGUGAGAGAGGGAUGUGCAUGGCGGUUCAGGCAUAUUUACCAUCUGAAUCACAGGGAUUCUUAAAUGUCUUGGCUGGUUAUGAAGACGGUUCCAUGCUUUGGUGGGAUAUACGACAUCUGGGAAUUCCUGUAACUUCUGUAAAGUUUCAUUCUGAGCCAGUUCUAAGCAUAUCCAUUGAUGAGUCAUGUAGUGGGGGUAUCACAGGAGCUGCCGAUGACAAAAUCGUGAUGUAUAGUCUGGAUCACUCCAUGGGCUCUUGUGUGGUCAAGAAAGAGAUUAGUUUGGAAAGAGCUGGUAUAGCAGGCACCUCAAUUCGACCAGAUGGCAAAAUUGCUGCUACUGCUGGUUGGGAUCACAGAGUAAGGAUAUAUGAUUACCGCAAAGGAAAAGCUCUGGCAAUAUUGAAAUAUCACCAUGCUACGUGUAACGCUGUUUCAUACUCAACUGAUUGUAAGCUAAUGGCUUCUGCAUCAGAAGACGGGACAGUUGCUCUAUGGGAACUUUAUCCUCCUCAAACUUGAUAAUUAAUGGUCCAUGUGAUAUAAAGAUUUGUACAACACUAGUUCUGAGUCGCUGACCUCACUUGAUGCUCUAUGUAUUGGAUCUUAUACAGGAUAUUCGGAAGUGUGAGACAUUAAAUUUUUGUUUUUUUUUUUUUUUGUUUUUUAAAUUUAUGAUGGCAUUAAAUGUUUGUACCCAAUUGAUGUGAAACGACAUCGGAUACUCUCAUAACGUGUAUACAUGUGAGCCAUUGAGUCAAUGAAGGGUAAUGGUCUUCAAG